AUGCAGGAGCAGCAUCGUCAGCCAAUUUAUGCUUGUGCUUUCAAUCCAUAUCAGCCGGAUGGAUGCGUACCAGUGCUAGCAACGGCGGCAAAAAACAUGAUCACUCUCUACGAAUGCCCACUGGAUUCCAACAAAAUAAUUCUUGUGAGGAGUAUCAAAGACCCAUCGCCUGACAUGGACAUCUUCACUCUGACAUGGUGUUAUGAUAUCACUGAUAAAGCUCAUCGAAUAGCAUUCGGAGGUUAUUCUGGUCUGAUCCGGCUAGUUGAUGCAACUACGGGAAAUUUACUGAUGAAUAUGUAUGGCCAUGGCGAUCAUGUUAACGAAAUGCGUACUGAUCCCAAUAACUCCAUGAUAUUUGCUUCUGUCAGCAAGGAUACUACCAUACGUUUAUGGAAUAUACGAGUUCAUGGACCAAUUGCUAUCCUAGGCGGAUAUGAAGGACAUAAGGAUCAAAUAUUAUCUCUGGAUUGGUCGCUCGACAGCAAAUACAUUGUUUCCUGCAGCAUGGAUCACUCCAUCAGGCUGUGGCAUUUGGGAACUGAUAAACUGCAGGAACGUAUACGUGAUAGCAUGACCCUCAAAGGCCAAGCUAAUUUCCGCAAAGAGUUAGCAGAUGACUGCCAAUCCGGAAGAACUAUCCAAAUACACUAUCCCAUUGCCAUCAAUACUGAUCUGCAUAACGACUAUGUGGAUUGUGUGGAUACAUCCGCCAUACAACUCGUACGAAUGGAUCUACCUGAUUCCGAUAUAUGGUUUAUAAAGUUCGAUAUCGACCCUCUCAAUAGGUGGAUUGUAAGCGGGAACAAGAUGGGACAGCUGUGCAUGUGGGAUCUAACAAAUGGUCUUCCUGCUGUGAACAUGAACGUGACAACAAAAAUUGCGGAGUGCUGUGUCCGGCAGAUUUGCUUUGGAGCAAAUGGGCGGCUGAUAGUUGCAGUUGCGGAUGACUAUUCAGUUACACGACUAGAGCGGAUUCUGGAAGGCGAAGAUAUACCACCCUAUUGCAAUACUGCUGGACUUAUGAAUGGUCCAACGGCGAAGAAACCGAAAAGGCGUGGUCGUAGAUUUGGAAAGAAACGAAAUGACAGUGAGACUGGCAGUUCUGAGGAUAGCGAUACGAGGAUAAGCUGA